AUGCGGCAUACUUGCACCGUUUGCUUCUCCCUGAUAAUAUUAAUUGAAACAUCCACAGGAUACACGUACCAUAACAGUAGAAGAGAUUUAUUCAUACCUAAGGUCUCUAAUAGAAUAACAAAGUUAAAUUAUGAAAAUAAAAAGCCCCCAAUUGAUACCGAUAUAGUAAAUUAUUUUAAAAAUAUUCGAGAAAAUUUCCCCUUUUUCAAGAAAGAAAAUUGUCCAAUAUACUUCGACAAUGCAGCAACUACACAAAAACCUUCUUGUGUUAUUCGGAAACUGAACGAUUUUUACACGAAGGAAAAUGCCAACAUCCAUCGGGGUAUUUAUAAGAUGAGCUUAGAUGCAACAAAGAACUACGAGAACGUGAGAAGUGUUGUGAAGAAUUACAUAAACUGUGAAAAUGAAGAAGAAAUUAUAUUCACAAGUGGAACAACGCAUGGCCUGAAUUUAAUAUGCAACAUGAUGAUGGAUAAGGUUAUAAAAAAAAAGGAAGAUGAAAUUCAUUUGACUUACUUAGAACACCAUUCCAAUAUAAUUCCUUGGCAAGAAGGAAUACAUAAGAAAAAAAAAGGAAAAAUAAAAUAUAUACCACUUAGGAGAAGCGGUUACAUAAAUAUAAAAAAAUUAAAAAAAAGUAUUAACAAAAAUUCGAAAAUAAUUUCAAUAAGCCAUGCCUCUAACGUUUUGGGAAAUAUUCAAAAAUUGGAUAUAAUUAUUAAAACAGUCAGAGAAAUAAAUCAAGACAUAAUUAUAAUCAUAGAUGCAGCUCAAAGUUUUCCACAUAUAAAAUAUAAUAUAAAAAAGAUGGAAGAAAAUAAUUCGUCCCCAGAUAUUUUAAUUGCUUCUGGUCAUAAAUUCUGUGCACCUUUGGGUUCUGGCUUUAUUUACAUAAAAAGAACCUUAACACGUAGAUACAAAUUUAGGCCACUUUUCUAUGGAAGUAAUAUCAUAACAAAUGUCGAUAAAUAUAAAUCUGAAUUUGUCUCUUCUCCUCACCUAUUUGAAUCAGGAACGCAAAAUAUUGCUGGUAUUAUAUCUAUGGGAGUAGCCAUUCAGUUUUUACAAAACCUGAACCCUAAAUUUGUCUACCUUUACGAGAUGUAUCUCUACGAUUUGUUCAUUUAUUAUCUGCAUGAAAAUUUGCAACAAAACUUGGUUCAGUUACCCCAUACCAACAACCCUUUGGACAAACAGCUUAGUGAAAAUGAGGAAAGGACAAACCAUGAAGAACCUAGUGAAUUCAAAAUUUACGUUCAUAAUAGUAGAAAAGUUGGACAAAAGAAAGUGCCAAUAGUUCCACUAUGGUCUAACAAAUUUACUUCCUUCGAUUUAGUAACAUUUCUUGAUUUCAAAAAUGUAUGUAUAAGGUCAGGUCAUCACUGUGCUUCUUUACUCCUUAAGGAAUUUUUGCAUAUAUCAAACUGUGCACGCAUUUCAAUCUUUUUUUAUAAUACACCAGAGGAAAUCCAUUACUUGGCUACACAAAUUGCAUCCGUUUCGCGAAUGUUAUACCGGAUCAAGGAGGGAAAACACACACAACCACGUGAAAUAUUCUAA